GUCAUUUUGGUCAUUAUGUUUAAGAAAAACACAAAUGGCUGAAUCAAAACAUGUUGAUGUUGCUCUGAAAUACCGCUAAACUUACACGGAAAUGUCGGUUUUCCCUCAGCUUUCCAUGAACCCAGAAGUGCGAGAACAUCUUCGCAAUGUUUAUACAAACAACGAGCUGGUGUGUGAGUCUGGUGGAGAUGAGGCUGAUCUGGUGUUUGAAGCUCUGCUGUCUUGUCUGUCUCAUCCGCCCCUGUUCACCUGUCUGAGAGCCAGCACACACCUGCACCCGCUCCAGGACAUUCAGCACCGGCUGGAGCAGCAUUUAGCACAGCAGGAACAAUCUCCAUCUGUUUACACUCACCCACAGCUUCCAGAUGUUCUGCUGCUUCCAGUCCACGGCCCUCGGCCCGUGGAUGCGCUGGCCUCUGAAGUGAUAGUUGGUGCUCAGUGUGGCAAUGCUGUUCUUAGAGGAGCUCAUGUGUUCACGCCUGGCAUCCUCAGCACGCCCAAGUAUAUGAAAGUGGGGGACGUGGUGUCCGUGUUCUCUGAUGUGGAGGGGAAGUGCACACGCGGAGCCAAAGAGUUCAAAGGCAAGAAGGUGUUUCUGGGUAACGGGAUUUCUGAGGUGGAUAGAUCAGAAAUAUUCAGCUCAGAUGGACCUGGGAAGGGUGUUGCGAUUCGAAUGACUGAGCCUCUCUAUCAAAGCCCUUCCUUUGAUGGUGUUCUUACAGAUCAGCUCUUCCUACAGAACCUGCCGUCUGUGGUCGUAGGUCAUGUUUUAGGACCUCGUCCUGGAGAACGAAUCCUCGACAUGUGUGCUGCUCCUGGAGGAAAGACCACACACAUUGCUUCUCUCAUGGGAAACCAGGGUACUGUUGUGGCCUUGGAAAAAGUCCGAUCCAAAAUGGAAAAGAUCAUUCAGAAUGCAAAUGUGCUGAAGUUGAACUGUAUUAAAGCAUAUUGCUGCAACAGUAUAAAUGCUGUGAGCUCAGAUCCCACUCAGUGCAGUGCAGACGGUCCCCCGUAUCCUGAGGAGAGUUUUGACCGGAUAUUAUUAGACGCUCCCUGCAGUGGUUUGGGUCAAAGACCCAACAUGACCUACAGCUGGAGUCUGAAAGAAGUCUGUUCCUACCAGCCUCUGCAGAGAAAACUUUUCACUACGGCUGUUCGUUUGUUAAAAAAAGGAGGUGUUUUGGUCUAUAGCACCUGUACUGUGACGCUUGCGGAAAAUGAAGAGCAGGUCGCUUGGGCUCUCAAGACAUUCCCCUGUUUAACAAUAGAGCCACAGAUGCCUCUUUUAGGAUCGGAGGGGUUGCCUGGGGCAGGUCUGUCACAUGACCAGCGGCGACUAUUGCAGAGAUUUCGCCCAGAAUUAGCAUGGAGAGGAGCUGGCGUCACACACUCCCCUGAGAGCCUCCUAAAAAACGCCAACACGGAUACUAUUGGCUUUUUUAUUGCCAAGUUCAUAAAACGAUAGUAAGUAAUAUGAAGUAGUAUGAAGAAAUAUGACACUUUUAUCUGCUAAUCAGUUGAACGCAACAAGAUAUGUUGUGGGUCCAUAGACCUUUGGACAAAAAACAAACAUUUUUUAAAAUAUCAGGUGACAGUGGCAGGUUUUCAUGUACCUAAACCACUUAUUUAAAGGAUACAGAAUGACAAAGGAUAAAAAUAUUUAUCAAUGCUUAAAAAGAAAACAGAAGGGGAUGUAAACCUUUUUGAACAGAAUGAUCUGGGUAAAUUAUUGUGCCUUUUGGAAACAUUUAAUCACCCUUCAGAAUGUGUAUAUGAAGAGUUCAUUUGCGAAAACAUAACUCAUAUUUUAACAAUUUUCAAAAAUCAUGUUUUUUUUAAAUUGUGCAUUCCAAUUAAUCUCAAUUAAACUGCAGUUGGGUUAUUUUGAUAUAAAGUACAAAUAACAAAAAAUACAAUUAAAAAAACAUCAUAACAUUAUAAAAAACAUGAUUUUUGAAAUGUA